GCAAAACUCGCGCCCAGAAGCACAUCCCUGGACGGUAGUGGUGAGGUUAACGGUCGCUGGCAUCCAUGAGCUCUAUCCACACAGCAAAGCAUUUCUUUUUCAACUAUUGAUUCUUCUUGCAUUGAAGGGAGAAGAAGAUUUCGUGUAGCAGAAGAGAGACAACAUUCGAGAUUCCGAGGGUAGUCAGCCGUGGACGCUGCCCUCGCUGUGUGUUCUCAUUCUUGUUUUAUAUGUGCCUCUGGGUUUUUUCUGCAAGUAAUCCAAUGGAUGAUUUCGUAGAAGAAAUUGGCGACUCAACACCAGGAGAAAAUGCUGAAAUAUCCAGCGAAUGCAGUCGAAAACCCCCUCAAAUAGGAGCAUUUUUUUCAGCCCAUGAAAAAGAUACAACCAGUUUGUUAUCUGUCUCCAUUUCUGCUCAAGAUUUCCAGUCACUAGAAAUUGGGAAGGAUACUCGAGAAGCGACCGAGGUAUCGUCUCCGAGAGGAGUCCUUGAUGAUGGCUUAAGGUGUUUGGAUUUGGAGACAAGUUCUUCAAAGACCAGCACAUCCUGCUCCGAAACUCAAUUGGUAUCAGGCAACUCUUCCCGAUGGAAGGGAUUCUUUCGUUUCUGGAAGCAGCAAUCAAUGAGGAGAUUAUCCAGUUUUCCUCCACUUGGAGUUCCAAAGUUAUCAAGGAGGAAGAGCAAUAGGGAGACUCAUGUCCCCAUAUCGGACUCCACUACUGAUUACAGUAAUUGCUAUUUCAAACCUACUUGGAAGAACUUCACAAUCUCAGAGCUCCAAAAAGCCACCAAUAACUUUAGCCCAGAGAACAUCAUAGGGAAAGGUGGCUAUGCUGAGGUUUACAAAGGAAGCCUAGAAAAUGGGCAGCUUGUAGCAAUUAAAAUGCUUACCCAAGGAACAGCAGAUGAAAGAACAAACAGUUUCUUAUCUGAAUUGGGAAUCAUAGUCCAUGUAGAUCAUCCAAAUACUGCCAAACUGAUUGGAGUUGGGGCUGAAGGAGGCAUGUAUCUAGUUUUACAGCUGUCCUCUCAUGGGAGUUUGGAAACUCUUCUUCAUGGUUCAAAGGAAAAACUAAGUUGGGAUGUAAGAUACAAGAUUGCCACAGGGGCAGCAACAGGUCUUGAGUAUCUUCAUGAAAGGUGUCAGAGGCGCAUCAUUCAUCGAGAUAUCAAGGCUGCAAAUGUGCUGCUUACUGAUGACUUUGAACCACAGAUAUGCGACUUUGGCCUUGCUAUGUGGCUGCCUGACAAGUUGACUCACCACACAGUAUCAAAUCUUGAAGGCACGUUUGGUUAUCUUGCCCCUGAGUAUUGUACUCAUGGGAUAGUUGAUGAGAAAACCGAUGUAUAUGCUUUCGGGGUUCUAUUGCUAGAGCUUAUCACCGGGCGCAGCGCAGUAAAUUCAUCUCAACAAAGUUUAGUGAUGUGGGCAAAGCCAUUACUUGAAAAGGAUGAUAUUAAGGAGCUCGUUGAUCCUUCUCUAAAUGAUUCUUAUGACAUAAAGCAAGUGAGAUGUGUAGCACAAACAGCUUAUAUGUGUAUUCAGCACUCAUCGGUUUUGCGACCUCGGAUGACUCAGGUUUUAGAUCUACUAAAAGGUAAAGAAAUGCAAUCUGAGUCUAUGAAAGUGCUUCACAAGUCACUUAUCAGGAGGACAUAUUCAGUGGAACUCUUCGAUGCAGAAGAGUACAAUGCAACAAGGUAUCUGAAUGAUCUUACUCAACAUAAGAAGCUAGCUCUGGAUUUUUAAACCAACAGAGAUCCAUCUGUAGGUGGUUCUAUGGAAUGUCGGUAUCAGGGGAACUCAGAGUCUUUGGUGUUUCAAAUGUGUGAUAUAGAUUACUCAUUUUACUCAAUAGCAUUUGUGAGUAGGACCUCAAGGUGAAUGUCACAAAUGCCAGCCUUAAAGGAGAAAAGAGAGUGACAUAAUUAAGAUUAUGUGAGAUACCUUUCUGUCAAGGUAUCCUUGUUUCUAUAUCAUUAAUCUUAAUAUCUACCAUGUGCAAUGCAUAACAGA